AUGCUGAAGCCCGGAGACCCUGGCGGCUCGGCCUUCCUCAAAGUGGAUCCAGCCUACCUACAGCACUGGCAACAAUUCUUCCCGCACAGCGGCGGUGGCGGCCCGCUCAAGGGUGCCAGCGUCGUGGGCCCUUUGGGCGCGCCGCAGCCCCUCCAGCCGCCGCCACCGCCCGCAGAGCGCGCCGAACCCCCGCCGGACAGCCUGCGCCCCCGGCCUUCUUCUCUCUCCUCCGCCUCCUCUACCCCGGCCUCGUCCUCCACCUCGGCCUCCUCUUGCGCCGCCGCCGCUGCCGCGCUGGCCGGUCUCUCGGCCUUGCCUGUGGCGCAGCUGCCAGUGUUCGCGCCUCUGGCUGCCGCCGCUGUUUCUGCGGAACCACUGCCCCACAAGGACCUGUGCCUCGGCGCCGCUUCGGGCCCAGGGCCCGCGAAAUGCGGCGGCGGAGGAGACGGUCCCGGCGCCCCGCGCUUCCGCUGCAGCGCGGAGGAGCUGGACUAUUACCUGUAUGGCCAGCAGCGCAUGGAGAUCAUCCCGCUCAAUCAGCACACCAGCGACCCCAACAACCGCUGCGACAUGUGCGCGGACAACCGCAACGGCGAGUGCCCCAUGCACGGGCCGCUGCACUCGCUGCGCCGGCUCGUGGGCACUAGCAGCGCCGCGGCUGCAGCGCCCCCGCCGGAGCUGCCUGAGUGGCUGCGGGACCUGCCGCGGGAGGUGUGCCUGUGCACUAGCACCGUGCCCGGUCUUGCCUAUGGCAUCUGCGCGGCGCAGAGGAUCCAGCAGGGCACAUGGAUCGGGCCCUUCCAGGGCGUGCUCCUGCCCCCGGAGAAGGUGCAGGCGGGCGCGGUGAGGAACACGCAGCAUCUCUGGGAGAUAUAUGACCAAGAUGGGACACUACAGCACUUUAUUGAUGGUGGGGAACCUAGUAAGUCGAGCUGGAUGAGGUAUAUCCGAUGUGCAAGGCACUGCGGAGAACAGAAUCUAACAGUAGUUCAGUACAGGUCGAACAUAUUCUACCGAGCCUGUAUAGAUAUUCCCAGGGGUACCGAGCUUCUGGUGUGGUACAAUGACAGCUAUACGUCUUUCUUUGGGAUCCCUUUACAAUGCAUUGCCCAGGAUGAAAACUUAAAUGUCCCUUCAACGGUAAUGGAAGCCAUGUGCAGACAAGACGCCCUGCAACCCUUCAACAAGAGCAGCAAACUCUCGCCAGCCACCCAGCAGCGCUCCAUUGUUUUCCCACAGACUCCAUGCAGCAGGAACUUCUCUCUCCUGGAUAAAUCUGGGCCCAUCGAAUCAGGAUUCAACCAAAUCAACGUGAAAAACCAGCGGGUUCUUGCAAGCCCGACUUCCACAAGCCAGCUCCACUCGGAGUUCAGUGACUGGCAUCUUUGGAAAUGCGGCCAGUGCUUUAAGACUUUCACGCAGCGGAUCCUCUUACAGAUGCAUGUGUGCACUCAGAACCCCGACAGACCCUACCAAUGCGGUCAUUGCUCCCAGUCCUUUUCCCAGCCUUCAGAACUGAGGAACCAUGUGGUCACCCACUCCAGUGACCGGCCUUUCAAGUGUGGCUACUGCGGUCGAGCCUUUGCUGGGGCCACCACCCUCAACAACCACAUCCGAACUCACACUGGAGAAAAACCCUUCAAGUGCGAGAGGUGUGAGAGGAGCUUCACGCAGGCCACCCAGCUGAGCCGACACCAGCGGAUGCCCAAUGAGUGCAAGCCAGUAACCGAGAGCCCAGAAUCAAUCGAAGUGGAUUAA